AUGCAAUAUCUAGCACUUCUCUGCCUCGUAGCCGUCAGCGCCUCGACACCCAUCAUUGGACCUAUUGAUCCUAUUGAUCCUAUUGGACCUAUUGAUCCUAUUGAUCCUAUUGAUCCCAUCCAUCAACGCAUCGAUAUCUUCCUCCCCGGCUGGCCCACCUGCCCCCACCAGUGCGUCCUCGCCGUUCCAGACGAAAGCCUGUCCAAUGGCCAAGAGCCAGUGCCAGUGUGCUUCGACAAACCGGCUCACGGUACACCAUGCAACUACUACUAUUGUUGUGGCAAGCCGGUCACGUGCGGCGUUCAAAGGAAGGUCUGCGAGCCGGGGACUUUCUCUACUAGCCUUUGGGUACCAGCGUCGCUGACGACUGGGCCUGUGCCCGAAUGA